AGUGAAGUGAUUUUAUAUAAUUUCUUGUUCAUAUAAUGUUUUUGAAGUGCUUCAGACUUAGAUUUCUCACCCAAAAUACAGACCUGAUAAUCAUAGUCUUUAUGACAGUGUUACUCAGAAUAAUUUAAAAAAUAAAUCUAGGAAUAACAAGAAAUAGGUACUAUCUAGAAGUACUUGCAACUGCUUGCAUACUUUCACAAAGAAACCCAGCUUCAGUCACUUUCUGUUUUCCUCUAUAUCUGAGAUACUGUUGAUUUCAGUAAAUUUGCUGAUUAAAAUUCUGGCAAUAUGGGCUCAACCAGGCACAACUAUCAUGUUAGAAUUUAGGAAGUUGUAUGGCUGUUUCAUCAAGAACAUCAAUAAUUGUGUUUUUCAGUUAAUAGGAUAGAAACUUAAAACUGAUUUUUUAGGAUACAGCUGUUUACUUUUCUACAGAUUUCAUAUUAAUGAACUUAAGGUUUUAAAUAUUACAUUCAUACCAUUACAAAUGUCAGGGUAUAUUUACAAGGAAACAUACAAAGAAAAAUCAUUACUGGACCAGAAAAAAAAUAUUGUCCAUUGAUCUGUUCAUGCUCUAAAUUUUGUGGGGAUUUUUUAGCAGUGACCUCACUGUAGUGAAGUGAGAUUAAGUGAGAGAAAAUGUGGUCACCCAAGGGACUUUCUACCCAUUCACUGUAAAUUUCUUGCAGUGAUUCCUGUGGCAAAAAACUUACCUCAGAAAAAACACACUUAGACUGAAGAUUUCUUCACAUUCUUAAGGAUUUAUUAAUUUUCUUCUCAUUUUCUUGGCCUUAUUUACUUAUAUUGGGCCAUGAUGCUCUGUAGACCUAUCUGAGACUCAUCACCAACCACAGGAAAAGAAAAUGGAAACGGAACAUGGAAGUCCAGAAUAGAAGACUGACCACUGUGGAAGAUUGUGUUUUGAUUUCAUCAUCAAAUAGAAGGGAUUCUUAUAAAUUUUGGGUGCAUUAAUUUAAAUGAGGUAUUCAGCAUUAUUUUUUACAUGUAGAAAGCAGUGAUACCUCUUCAAAUUUAAAGUAAUCCUUGAACAGUGAGUAAUUUUUUGGUUAUUUGUGAUUGAUUGUAAAUACUUUUGUAAAUGUAAUAUUCAAUACUUUUUUAUUUGUUUGGCCUGGCUUACUUAUGAGGUGAACCCUAAGAGGAAAAUUAAGGCAGCUUUAGUGUGAGGAAACUGGGUUGUUGUCAAGCUAAGACAGUAAUGAUUUUUUAUCUUCUUGUUACAGAUAAGCUAGUGUCACCUUCCUUCUGUCUGUGGUUCAGACAUUGUCUUGUAAAGAAUCUGAACAGUUGUGGGUUUCUGACUGAAGGUGUCAGUAAUAUAACAGGAUAAAUCUUUUUUCUGAUUCCAGUGUGAAUUUGACCUGGAAAUGUCUGGGCCACAAUUUAACUCUUCACUGUAAGAAGUAGUGUUGAUCUCUGUUUAGGGUAUUCUUUUUUAAAGGUUUGGUUUAGAUACAUCUCCAGUCUCUAUGAAUGGUAAACAGUCACAAUAAAGUUAGUUUUUUGGGUUUGUGUAGUUUCCAGAAAAGAAGUGAAACCUUUCCCCCAAGGCCAACAUUAGAAAUCAUUGUUUAGUUUGGAUUUUCUCAAUAGUUUACAAAUGUGGGUGUAAUGUAGUGAUGUUAUUCUAAUCUAAAUCCUGGACAUUUCCUGGAAAAUGAAAUCAUGUGACUUGAUUCAUCAUCUCACUUCUCUGCCAAGGCUCAGAGACUAACUGUGUGCUGGAAAGAGGCAUUUUCCAUGCAGAGAAUGGCUGAUUCAUACAAGCUCACUACCUUCUCUCACCAUGGAAGUGUUCCAGCAUCAGCUACUCAGUCUUGUUGGGGCUCUGAUCUGUUUCUGUACUCUGAUAAAAUGCAUCAGAUUUAUGAGAGACCUUUUUCCAUAUAUCUGAAGUACUUUGCCUUUGGUUUUCUCUUGGUCAGUGGGAGAACAGGCAGUGGUCACAGGAGCAGGAGUUGGGGUUGGAAAAGCAUAUUCCUUCAACCUGGCAAGAAGUGGAUUAACUAUAGUGAUGAAAAGGAGAACUUUUGAAAAACUGAAUUUGGUAAGCAUUUUUACAGAGAUGGCCACAGAUCAAAAGAUGAAGCUUAUACAAGCUUAUUUCACUAAAAAUUCAGUGUAUGAGAAAGUUGAAAAAGAUCUGAAGGACUUGGAUAUUGGUGUUCUGGCUAGCAAUGUUGGAAUGCUUCAUAAUCCUCUUCCCUGCCACUUCCUUAAUGGGCCAAACAAAUAAGAGGACCUUGUCAACUGCAAUAUUAUUUCUGUUCCAGGUAGUCAGAAAGUUCUAAUUCUGAAUCUGUCCUCUGGUUCGAGUACUUUCCCAUGUCCAUCACAUACAUGUACUCAGCUACUAAGUGUCAAAGCUUCCAGUGCAGUCUGCAGUAAUACUUGUUGCAUGUCCAGCUCAGGACAGUGCCAGGUUCCAUCCUUUCUGGGGCAGAGAAAGAGUCAGCCUUGCCUGGGUGCACCAGCAGAAACUAUAGUGAUUCCUUAUGGUGUUUCUGCUCCAAUGACAAUGUACCAAAACCCUGGUGUUAUUACAAAGACAGCAGAAGAGUUUGUUAGUGAAUCAUUGGAAUAUGUCACCUUUGGAGAAGAGAUUUUUGGAUGUUUCACCCAUGAAAUUUUGACUGAAUUUGGUUGUGUGUAAAUGUUUCCAAAGACUCCAGACAAGUCUGUCUGGGCUCAGCCUGUUCUUUUCACUUUUUCAUAGACCUUGGACAUCGAAUGAGACAAUGGGUUGUUAAAGCUAAUAUGGCACCAGUGAAACGUGAAGAGAGGAAUACACAAGUAAAGCACAGUGGUAACAGCACAGUAUGGUUUUCUCUGCUUGUGAGCCUUGAGCUGAGCUCAGUUUCAUGUCUGGUUAGUCUUUAUCCUUUCUCCAGCUGCCUGUUUUCACAACCUUGCUAAGGAAUUUUCCAAGACCUCUACUCCUUCAGAAUAAUUGGCCAGCAAUUUCAGAAGUUAUUAGUGGGGGAGAGGAAGGACAUAAAACCAGAAUGUACUAUCACAAAGACAUCAUUUCCUUGGAUACCAUGCUAACAAAAUAGAGUAAAUAUUUAUACACAGCAGCUGUUAAUGAUGAGCAUAAAGUACAAGUAUAAGAAAGGCAACAAAUUGGCUGAAAGCAGAGGAAUUAACAUUUUCCUCUAAGAGAAAUGUAGUUCCUGGAAGCCUGAAGUAAAAGGUUUUGUGGGCCUUAUAUGAGCUCUAAGAAAUUUAUAUUACCAAUUUAACAUAAUCUUAAAGGUCACUGAUAAUUAUGCAUAUUUGAUAUUUAUGAAUAAAAUGAUAAUUUGCUUUAUUUCCAUCUUGUUCAUGCUUUCAGUGAGUGUUCUGUGUCUUUGGUUUCUUUGGAAAAGGAAAUUUGCAAGAAGAUAAAAAGAAAUCUCUCAGAAUGUAAAGCACACACUGGGCUUUGGGAAGCCUACAAUGAUAAAAAAAUUUAUUUCUUUCCAGAGCCUGUGAAUAGCUCUGCAAUAUCUGAUAUGGGAUGUAAGAGGCAACGAUAUAGGAAAAGGAUGCACAG